GGGACUGCUGGGCAGGGAAGCAGCUGGAUCUACGCGAACCGUGACCUGCAAUUAUUCAUCAUAUUCAUUGUUUUUAAAUGCAGAGGAGCUGUUUAUACAGGCGUUAAAGUGAAGGUCGACCAGUGCACGGGCUGCUGUUUAAUGUCAGAGAAAAUAUUGCGUUUGCUAUCCAGGCAUUAGCUUCUUGAAACUGGGGACUUAGCUUGGAGGCUAGCUAGGUAGGGAGGUGAUAGUAGCAGCGGCUCAGACGCCGGAUCUUUUUUUUUUUAUUAUUAUGGACCUUUGUCAGUCGGCAAUAAUUCACUUCUGACCGGUUGACCUCACUGAGCACUUCGUACAAGAUAAGUUAUCGCCCUGGCUUUGUCUCUUUGAGUAGUUUUGGGACAUAGGUGUAGCUGGCGUGUCUGUCACUGAUGCUAGCUCGCUGGUAGGAAGAUUCCAGGUCGAGGCAGAAAAGGUUUCCUUUGCUGCAUGGACCUUGUGAACCACAUAGUGAUUUUAAAUGUUGGACCUCCGUUUGAAAGUAUUUAAACGGGUCAGCUUGUGCUGCGCAGUACGUUACUGUAACCUCUAGUGACUGUUUUACUUCUUCGUUAAUGAAGAAAAAAAGCCAUGUCUUCAUGGAUGUCUGAAGCAGGAGAAUGAGUGCGCUUUUGCGAGGGAGAGGAUGCCACCAUCUUUCACCGAAGACUGUCCUGCCUAAUAUAUCGAUUAGCUGACCGGCAACUGCUGGAGAGGACUGGGAAGUCCACAGAGUCUCUGCAUGAGAAGCUACUACCCCCGGCUUUAUUAAUUAGUCUUGAUCAGCUCUUCUGUCCCAUGGCUGCUGUUAGUGGGGUCAACAUGGUGUCCCAGCUCGGAGACGUGGCACUGCCAGGUCCAGGAGGAGCAGGACUGCCCGUUGUAUCCUUUACCAACACGUCUUCCAGCCCGACUCCAGGUACUGAUAACCGGGGGUGCGAGAACGGCGCCUUGAUGGACUCGUUUGGGAUUUUCCUGCAAGGACUUCUGGCCGUGAUGGCUUUCAGCACGCUGAUGUUGAAACGCUUCAGGGAGCCCAAACAUGAGAGGAGACCCUGGAGGAUCUGGUUCCUGGAUACCUCAAAACAGGCUAUAGGGAUGUUGUUCAUCCACUUUGCUAAUGUCUACUUGUCGGACCUCACAGAGGAGGAUCCCUGCUCACUAUACCUCAUUAACUUCCUGUUAGAUGCUUCCCUGGGAAUGUUGCUGAUCUAUGCUGGGGUGAGAGCCGUCAGUGCUAUUGUAGAGUGGAGGCAGUGGGAUUCUCUGCGUUUUGGAGAAUAUGGAGAACCAGUGCAGUGCACAGCGUGGUUGGGCCAGUGUAUCCUCUACAUCCUUAUCAUGAUGUUUGAGAAAGUCCUCAUCAUGCUUGUCCUUCUCAUUCCCCAGUGGAAACAGCUGGCUCUCCACAACCCCAUAGAGAAUCCUAACCUGGAACUGGCCAUCGUCAUGCUCAUCGUUCCGUUCUUCAUUAACGCCCUCAUGUUCUGGGUGGUAGAUAAUUUUCUAAUGAAGAAGCACAGGACAAAAGCAAAGCUGGAGGAGAGAGAGGAGGACUCGCGAGGGAACAGCAAGGUGCGCUAUAGACGAGCUCUAUCCCACGAUGACUCAGAGUCAGAGAUCCUUUUCUCAGCAGACGACGAAAUGGAUGAGUCAGAUGACGAUGAUGUUCGACGGUUAACUGGCCUGAAGACGCUGAAGAAGAAGAAGCUCCGCAUGGGGAUCCCUGUUUGACCCGUGUGACUAGCUAAACUGCUACGAUCGAAUUUCCUCUGGUAGCUCUUCAGCACACAGGCCACAUACAUUCCCCCAUAACUCCACAGAUUCUGACAUCAACCUUUUUCCGAACAUAGGAUGCCCUUUGAUGGCAGAAGACUUUACUGUAAUUGAAUUCCCUCCAAUGUUGACUCCUGGAGGACUGCUACAUAAACUGUGUUUAACCUGAAAUUUCAUUUAAAACACUGGGAGAUUUUUUUUUGUUUUUUUUUGUUUUUGUUUUUUUGCAGUUAACCUGUUACUUUGGAUUACUGUUGCAUUUCAACGUGGCACUCCUGUGGCGAGCGUUGUGUUUAAAGAAACUGUUUGAGAAAAAGGAAUUCUACCAUGGACAAACAUAAUAAUGUUAAAUCCUAAAUGUGAGUGAAGCAGGAAGGGGGUGACACUAGUUUAAUACUGUUUGGACUUCAGUGGCAGCGUGUAUGGUGUCGUGAUCAGAUUGGUUGGACAAAUCUAAAUGGCCACAACAGAACCAAACAUCAUGCAAACAAACCUGUUCAUAGAGUUGAUUACAUUUUGAUACUCUCUAACAUGUCCUCUAAAGUGAUUGUAUUCCUGAUGUAGGUUCCAUGUACAGUUUGUGCUUUUGUUUUCUCAUGUCGACAUACCACCAUGGCCUGUGAUGUGUGUUUGCGCGUGUACGUUUCUGUAUGUGAGGGUGCAUACAGUCGGACUCACCUCAAACAUGGAAGGAGCAUUACAUCAGAGUGUUUGAAUCACCAUACUGAUAUGACUCUAACACCUUCGAGCACAAUUACACACUUUACUACUGUAUACUUUGUAUGUAAUGUUACUGGUGUCAGAGGGAGCACAUUUACGCUUGCAGCAGCCUUCCAUUUUUAUCUUCUGGUGGAGUCCUUUCAGCGGUUAAACCUACAGGACUGCAAACGUACCACACUGCAACUUGCUAAUAUCAGCUCACUCAGUGUUGCCUGUCUGUAGACGCAAGACUGUAGUUUGUGUGUGACUGUUUUACUGAUGUUCUCUGACUGUGUUGUCUUUGAAAAUCUUUUGUUUGAUUUUAAGUUGUGUAGUUGUUGUUUUUUUCUUUUUCUUUUUUAUUUUUAGGUUUUGAAUUUUGAGUGAUAUUUUUGGGCCAAAAAGGUGACUAUGCUUGUUCCAAAAGUGUUCUUUAGUCCUUCACCCAAACAGGGAGAGUAGAUAUGGGAACCAUUUCUUGCACAAUUUCCCAUUUAUCAUAGCUUUCAUUUUUCCUUUUGUAUUUUGUGUGAUUUGAUUUUUUUUUUUUUUUUUUUUUGGUUACAAUAAUGUGCCUGAGUGAAAUUACCAGCAGGUGUUUUGUUUGUUUUUUGGAUUUUCUUUUUAUUUGACUGUUUUAUUCAGAGCUCCAGAUCUUCAGGCAUGAAGCAGCAUUCAGCAGGCUCUGAUGUUAAGAAUGUGACAUGCGUAGACCUCUAAACUGUUAAGUGACUGUGGACCAGACAGACAAGAGAAAGUGUGUGUGAGUGCGUGUAUGUAUGUUUCUGUGUGUGCAUGCCAGUAUAUAUACACUCGGUAUACCUGUAUGCACUGGCUUGUGCUGGAUGCAUGUGUUCACAGUUGGUGUGGCUGCUGGUUCUCUUUAAAGUAAAUGGAAAGUGACAUAAACUGUGGCUGUGAUGACUAUGGUGCUGGUGAUGAUUUCAUUAUGAUGUUGUUGGCAUGUUGGCAAGGAAUAAAUGUGUAUUUUAAAGGAGGAAAGUACAGCAUCAGCCAGGACAAAGAGGACUUAUAGUAUUUUGCAAAAUGAAACUACUAGAUCAAAAAGGCGAGUGAUGGAGGUAAAUUAUCAUUGUAUCAGCUUUUCCAAUAAAGGAUGCGAUGUAUUAC